CAUCUAAUAGGCUAUGCGGAAAUGUGAUAGAUACAGUUGAUUUGGGAAUCUUAACAUCAUAACUGUAAAAAAACUGAAAUAUAUAUAUAUUUUUUUAUAUGUUCUUCCGAUUAUAAUGAUGGCAUCUAAAAACAGUAGCACAUAUGAAUGUGUUGAUUUUGCAGCGAUAUGUGAUGAGAAUAUCAUAUUUGAAAAUGUCUGUUAUGAGUCGGAUGAUUUCAAAACAGACGGGACAUGUCAAUCUGGAAUCAUGAGGAACAAGAGGAGCCAGUGCCUGGUGAUCGAUGGAGACAGUUUCCAGUUUGAAAGCAAGAAUAAUCAAGAAUUGCAGUCGCCAGGUGGAAACUUCGUCAUACGUAUCCAAAAGUAUUAUUGCGACGGAACUGGCGAUGAAAAAUGUCCUGUUACAAUCUCUGUCCAAGAUAGAGUGGUGGCCUGUUACGAAAACGGCGAUAAGAAAGGAAUUAAAGCGAAGCCGCUGGUGCCGAUCCCAUCUAUUGAAGGCAAUAAACACGAAUCAAUUUUCUACAAGCAGGAAAUACAAGGUACACGCUAUUUCAAAUUCGAGUCGUCAUUGUUUCCUACGUGGUUUCUGGCCUUCAGUGAAAGUUCUGGGCUUCUUGCUCUCAAGUUUAUGGAAGAAGUAGAUGAAACGUGUGAAAUUGAGUACAAGGAAUCGAAGCCUUCUUCAUGAAUCAAAAACAUAUUUUUACAGGAUCGCUCUAACGUGGCAGUGGUUUUAGGUGGUCUUGAACUGCUUCAAAGUUCGAUGGCCAAGUCUGGGCUGUACCACAACCUGCAUAGCCUGGAAUCUAUAGCGGCGUUUUGGAUCCGCACAGCAGAUGCAGGGGUGAUGGCAGACUCAAUCUGUGGGUAUUUCCUUAGUUUCCUUGCACCUUAGAAACCCCUGCUGGCAAAUCGGAACCUGCACGCUAAACUGAGGUUGUGAUUCAAAUAAGUGUUUCAUCCAACACAUUCAGCUAUCUUGUUCGUCCUGUUUAAGCAAGAUGGAAAUAAACAGAACAGCUUGGAGGACUGUUGUCACAAACUUUUGUGUUUUUGUGAAUUGGGAGCUGCUAGGAUGAGACAAGGUUUUAACUCUGGAAUUCCUUUAAAAGAACUGGACAAUCCUUUUCCAAAACACAAUAUUUGGAAUAUAGUUGGAUUUUUGUAUUGCUUUAUGAGCUUUAUUGUACAUUCAAGAAAAACUUAUUUGGAAAAUUAAAUAUUUUUAGAAUUGUUGUUAUAUGAUUCAUAUUAUUAAUUAUGUAAAGGAUCUGAAUUUAGAAGAAAACAAAACAUAAUUACAAACUAUCAACCAAAACAGCAUCUUGUAUUUUCUUGAUAAAGCACUCUAUGACUCCUAAACAUUGUUAUUAUUUUGUAAAUUGCGUGGAAAUUUGGUUAAAGAAAUAUGCAAUGUCAAAUAUAGGCUGCCUCUUAUGUCCUCAUUACAUCCUCAACGACAUUCCUCAUGGUUUGUUAAUUACAUUUUUAAUUACGUUUUACAAUAUUCAAUUCAACAAGGUCAGUACUUUAAUGUUUCCGUUACAAAUACAAAGUGAAAAGAUCAUUGAAGGAGACAGGGUUAGUAAUGUGGUCUUUAUAUUACAGUUGGAAGUUUUCUGUGCUUUUUUUAUUCCCACAACCUUUUUACCUCUUUUUGCUGGACCUCUUGAGAUUUCCAACCACAUUAUUGUUGAGGACAAGGAAUUCAUAAACUAUUGUCAUGUUCUAAAUCCAGCUUAUGUUCUUCCAAGCAGGACUACCCUAUCUAAAACAAUAAUUCCUCGUCUGUUGAACCUUGAAACAUGUUUAUAGUUUGGCCAACGAUUAGAGCAAAUGCCACGUUGAAUUGGUAAUAAUGUCAGUAGUUUCUGAAUUCCUUGUCCUCAACAAUGAUGUGGUUGGAAAUCUCUGGCAACCAUUUUAAACAUUUCUUCAUCUAUCAUCUUCUUUAAUGAGGUAAUGGCCUUUGGCAUGUACUGACCUAUGGAGGUCAGGGUUCUUCACAAGUGUGAAUCCUUAAGCCUCUGCCCAGGGUUUACAAACUCUUCUGUAAACACAGGCUAAGCUAACCUAGGGUCAGUCUUAGCUUGGGACAAUGCAGUGUUUAAAGGCCUUAUAUUUUCCAUCCCCCCACUGUAAUGUACAAGAGAUACUUUUUGUGGAAAAACUAUUCAGUACCACAGUGAAUGUA